GUAGUCCACACCCCUGCCCAGCACAGUCAUGUGCAUGCUCACAGUGACAGUCAACACCAGCAGCUGGGAUGAGAUCUGCUGGGAAUCGACUCACCAGGACAGAUCUUUCUACUCGUGGGCAGGAUCUGAGGAUCCACUGAAGGAAUGACAGAGCUGUGGUGCAGCUGGAAUUGGCCCAGGAGCGUGAGACGACUGUGGACACAGAUUUCUGUCCUGAUUGGGACAUUUCAAUAAGGAGUGGCUGCUGUGGUUUUCACUCAACUUCUGUAGUGUAGGAGUGGGCUGCUGGUCUCAUUUUGAAGGUUUCAAGUUUUCCCAAAACUUGAAAACUUCCUCAUUCCUCUGUUGUGCAGCCAGAUCCUGUCUCCUGGUCGUCUUCUCCCCUUUCACCAGCACCACCAACAAUGGACCUCACUCUGUGGCAGUACCAGUUCCGGAUCAUCAUGCUGGGGGACUCCACGGUGGGCAAGUCCUCCCUGUUGAAGCGCUACACCGAGAACUUGUUCCUGGAGUCCAUAAACCAGACGGUGGGGGUGGACUUUUAUGUUCACUUCCUGGAGGUGGAGCCCGGGGUGCGUGUCAAGCUGCAGUUCUGGGACACAGCAGGACAGGAGAGGUUCAGGUCAGUGACCCGUUCUUACUACCGCAACUCAGUGGGAGGCCUGCUGGUGUUCGACAUCACCAACCGCGCCUCCUUUGACCACAUCAAGGAUUGGCACACUGAGGUGUGCGAACGAGUGCAGCCGCACAACGUUCUGUUUGUCCUGGUGGGACAGAAGAGCGACCGCGACGCAGUGGGAGAGCGGGCGGUGAGUCGAGAAGAGGCUGAGAAACUGGCCGGGCAGCUGGGGAUGCCGUACCAAGAGGCCUCCGCCAAGACGGGCCACAAUGUGAGGGAGUCGUUGGAACUCCUGGCUCGUCGGGUGUACCAGGGUCUGUUGAGCGGGGAGGUGGAGCUGCAGGAGGGCUGGGACGGAGUCAAGUGCGCUGCCCCGCAGGCGCUGCAGCUGCAACGAGCCAGUCAGGCUACGGUCAGCAAAACCUCCAACAGCAACAAGAAGUGCUGUGGUUGAACUGUGGCCUGACUCUGACAUGGUGGUGACCAUCAGCCAACACACCCAUAUGAAAUGCAUUAGCACCUUUUGUUAUGAGGAUACAAGCUUCAAUACUUGAUAGCAAGGGACUGUUUUGUGGAAAAGUUUUUGUGACAUAAAUUUGGACAUUUUUAAAUAGGUGAAGAUUGAACUUUAAAAAUAAAAAUGUCUUGUGUUUCUGUCGAGCUGGCUCUGUGUCAGCCACUUAUUGUUCCAGAAACAGUAAAUAAACCUUACCCUAUUUUGCACUUUUUAGUACUAUUAGCAAACCUUAGCUUAAUAUCAAGUUAUAGUAUGAUGCUCUGAAAUAUCUCAUUAGCAUUGUGAGCAAAGUGUGAUAAUAGAAUCUGACCCAAUCCUGUCAAAGGUCAACAGAAAGGUUAGGGUUCUCUUAUGUGAGCUACACAGACCACAGGUCAUCAGACGCCUCCAACAUGGACCAACAGGUCAAAGCUUGACCAGACAUCCUGAGGCUGGAGCUUUUUCUCCUGGUUCAGAUCAGAUGAUGAGUUUGUUACCAUCACUUUCUGUGAGUCUGGGACCUUUUGAGACCCGUGCAUUGGAAAGGUGGUUUCCAACCUACAUGGUCUGGGCUGUCCGAGGGCUCUUAGGACAUAUGAGGGGUCAUUUUACGCAUCGCUUCUACAAAUCCAAAAUAACGAAUGAUUCAAACGCGGGGUGCAAGUAUUCACUGGUUUAGUUGAGGACUUGCAACCCAAAAAACUUUUGGAACUGCUGCACAUUAAUCUGUGAUUCUUGUAUUGUUUGUUCUGUCAAUAAAUGGCAGCAGUUAAGUUAUUGGGUCCCCUGGUUGAUUAUAAACAUCACCUCAGGCCCUUAUGUGAACUAAUCAUCUGGGCCUGAGCUGUUAUUUAGAAAGGCCUUUUGUUGACACUUCUAACUGCACCGCAUCCUGCGAGUGACUGAUUUUAGGGGCCGUUGUUGAGAUUAAUCAAAAGAAAACUCAGGGGUGCCUUUGGAUAUUGUUCUGUUGAAAUGUUGUGAGAGGUUUCCAUAGCAAUUACUGUUCAUCCGGCUGAUGAGCAACCUCUUGUGUUUCUGCGAGUUUAUUUUGUUAGACACACAGAUCCACUGUUCUGUGUCCUUGGUUGACAGCAAUUAUACAAGAUAGCAAGUAAAAUGACUAUUUCAAAUAAAAAAAAUGUAUGUUUUGCUUUC